CGCUCGCUCGACGAUAUGGCCGUUUGCUUUUAUGUCUCCGUUCCGACGCGCCCGACAAAGACAUCAAACUUGUUUUUAUUACUUUUUUCUCACUCUGGUCCGGCAGGCCAGUUCUCCGGACCGGUGCCCGACCGUCAGAUCGUCUUCCCCAGGAAGGUGCUGGCGCACCCCAGCGCUGACGACGACGACGGUGACCUGGAGCACCACCACGACCAACACCACCACCACCGCCGCGUCCGGAGGCUCGCCUCGGGGGACUGGGGGCUGCCACCGAGAGAGCCAGCCGGGGCUGCGCCGGUGCUGCAGUACGAGGUGGUGCUGCCCGCGCUGGACCCGGCCACCCCGAGCCUACUCCGGCUGCUGCCGUACACGGACCACCUGGGACCCAUGCUGCGCGUCGACAGAAGCAGGAGGCGGCGGAGGACGCCGUCGGCGAGGCCCCGCCGCAGCGUCACGUCCUGCCACUACCGCGGUGUCGUCGAGGGCGACCCGGGCUCCAGCGUAGCACUGUCGGCCUGCGGCCAGGGACUGGUCGGCCUAAUAAAGACCUCCAAGGCGGAGUACUGGCUGGAGCCGGCUGCGGCGGGCGUCGGGGCCUCCAGCGGGCACCCCAAGAGGGCGCACGUGUUGUUUCGGGGGCACAAGGGGUGGCAGCGCGGCCAGCGCGGAUGGCGGCGAAGGGGGAGGGGUAAGAAGUGGGGGAGGAGGAAGGGGAAGAAGAGGAGGAGAAAGAGGCGGCACGACAAAACCUGCGGCACGCGAGACCCCGCCCGCUCCAACGAGACGGUCCUGGCGUGGGGGCGCGGCGGCGCGACGGACCGGCUCGCCGUGCAGGAGAAGACCGGCUCCGGCAGGUUGCCCCGCUCGGUCAGCACCGAGAAGCACGUCGAGGUCCUGCUGGUGGCCGACCAGUCCAUGACGGCCUUCCACGAGGACGGCGACAUCGAGACGUACCUCCUCACCAUCAUGAAUAUGGUGGCGAGCAUGUACCACGAUCCCACCAUCGGCAACCUGAUCAACAUUGUGGUGGUGCGCAUCAUCCUCAUGGAUGAAUUGACGUCCGAGGAGGAGACGUUCAACUCUACUGUGAACGCGGACGCGACCCUCGGAUCCUUCUGCCGGUGGGCGUCGCAGAUGAACCCGGCGGACGAGUCGCACCCGCACCACCACGACGUGGCCGUGCUCGUGACGCGGGUCGACAUCUGCGCGAAGAGUCACACCCCUUGCAACACGCUGGGCGUGGCGCACGUCGGCGGCAUGUGCUCGAGCAAUCGGGCGUGCUCCGUGACGCAGGACAACGGCGUGGUGCUGGCGUACACCAUCGCGCACGAGCUGGGCCACAACCUGGGCAUGACGCACGACACGGAGACGCUGGGGUGCCCCCGCAAGGUGGACGGCGUGCUGCACGUCAUGACGCCCACCUUCGAGGCGGACAACCACCGCAUGGCGUGGAGCCCCUGCAGCCGCCGCAGCGUUACCGCGUUCCUCGAUGACGGCAAGGGCGCGUGCCUGGACGACGCGCCCACCCUGGGCGGGUACCAGUACCCCGACCUCCCCGCCGGCUCCAUGUACGGCGCCGAGCACCAGUGCCACCUGCAGUUCGGCACCGAGGAGUCCGAAGUCUGCUCCGAGCUGGAAGAGGUCUGCACGCGUUUGUGGUGCCAAGUCGACGGCCAGUGCACUACGCUGCUGCAACCCGCCGCCCCGGGUACCAUGUGCGGGAAGCACAAGUGGUGCCAGGACCAGCAGUGCACGGAAAUCAGCGAGCUGCCGGAGCCCGUGCCCGGCGGAUGGUCGGCGUGGGGGGAGUGGGGCCCAUGCUCGCGCACCUGCGGCGCGGGGGUCUCCACCAUGGAGCGGCGCUGCGACCACCCGACGCCGCGCCACGGCGGCGCCUACUGCCUGGGCGAGCGGCGGCGCUACCGCGUCUGCAGCACGCAGCCCUGCCCGGAGGACGCGCCCAGCUUCCGCGCCGUGCAGUGCGCCGCGUACAACAACCGCACCUACAAGGGCGCCAACUACACCUGGCUGCCGUACUUCGACUCGGCCGAGCCGUGCGAGCUGUACUGCGCCGACGCGGACGACACCGUGAUCGUGCCGUGGGGCGGCGCCGUGGCGGACGGCACGCCGUGCAACGUCGGCCGGAGGGACAUGUGCAUCGGCCGGGUGUGCAGGAAAGUCGGCUGCGACUGGGCGGUGGACUCGGAUGCGGUGGAGGACCGGUGCGGGGUCUGCCGCGGGGACGGCAGCCUGUGCGACACGGUGACGGGGACGUACAACCGCCCCGACGGCUACGGCUACAUCGAGGCGUUCCAGAUCCCCGCCGGCGCCCGCAACGUGGUCGUCGCGGAGGAGUCUGCCUCCAAGAACUUCAUCGGCAUCGGCAGCGUCCGGAAACCCGUGUUCUACCUCAACGGUCGCAGGAAGAUCACGCUGCCGGGAGAGUACGACGUGGGCGGCACGACCGCGCUGUACGAGCGCGUCGGCGACCUGGAGACGGUGCGCAUCCCGGGCCCGCUUCGCGACAGCAUCCUCAUCUACGUCAUCUUCCGCGGGCGGGCGCGCAACCCGGGGGUGCGCUACCAGUACACGGUGCGACGGGCGGGGGCGGCGCCGCCCGCACCCGUGUGGCGCUGGGCCGACUGGUCGGCCUGCUCGGCGACCUGCGGCGGCGGCCGCCAGGAGAUGCGCGCCGUGUGCGCGGCCGGCCUCCAGGAGGCGCUGCACGUCGUCCAGGACAGCGAGUGCGAGCUGACGCUGGGGCCGCGGCCGCCGGACAAGAACAGGACGUGCGCGACGCACGCGUGCCCGGCCACGUGGUGGACGGGCCCGUGGCAGGUGUGCUCGGCGACGUGCGGGGAGGGUGCGGCGCGGCGCCGCUCCGUGCUGUGCGUGGUGCGCGGCCGCCAGGAGCUGGCGCUGCCGGACGCGUUGUGCGACCAGGCCACGAGGCCCGACGAGCAGGAGCGCUGUCACGACGUGCCGCCCUGCCCCGCGGCGGCCCUGCAGCCAGGCGACGGAGCGGCAGAUCUGUUCCCCGUCGAGCUCUCCCACCCGUCCUCCCGGCAGCAGCAGGACGACGUCCUGGAGGUCGACGGUGGCCUCGACCUGGACAACCUGGCCCAGGAUGAGCGCGACUUCCUCGUCAACUACACCACCUUCUUCCAGGAGCACCUGGGCAGCAACGACCUUGCCGUCGUCGGCUCCAGGCCGCCGGCGCCGACACCGCCGGCGCGGGCCGCGGCGGACAAGCCCCCAGGCAGGUCGAUGCCGCCGGCUCCGCUGGCGCACGGCGCGGGGGUGUGGGAGGACGACAUGGACCUGCCCCCGCGCCCCCACCCACUGGUGCGGCCACAUCCGCAGCGGGGCCCCCAGGGCUCCCCCAAGCACCCCGCGGGCCUCCCCCGCGCGCGCACCGGCACCAAGGUGGCGCACAAGCGGAGGCAGCAGAGGCGGAAACACGCCAAAAAUAGCGGCCUGCUUCGGGACCAUCCGGAGGGCAGGGACGGCCGCGCCAGGGACACGUUCUUCCUCACGAUCGAGUAGGAGGGGGCGUGGUGUGCCUCCAGCGGACGCCACUUGAGCACAUCCAUCUACACAAACCUCUGUACAUUCCUAGAGUAAACAUAAGCUUAUGCACCGGUUACUGUUGUAAAAAAUUAUGUUCUUCAAACUAUCACGACACCCACAGUCUUUCAUUAUAUUUAUUACACUGUGUUUCCGAAUUUGCCAUCGAUUGGUAUAUUUUGGUUGUUCCAGUAUAUUUAUUCUAGUGAUAUGCUAGAUUUCCAACGAUUAUUCUUCAACGAUGCCAUAUUAAAAAGUGUUGUUGUGUAUCAAGAUAAAAAUAAUAAAAUGUCUUCAUACAUCGCUUUUGUCCUAAA